AUGGCAUCGUACAUCCAGGACGAGGCCGGAACGGCCGGAUACUAUGAUCCAGAAAAAAAUGAAAUGGGAGACCACUACAGACUAUCUGAAACCACGCCGAUGUAUGUGAGACACGGCUUCGUGAGAAAGGUGUUCCUCAUCGUGUUUCUCCAACUACUGUUCUCUUUCGGAUUUAUGCUAUUUGCCUACUUCGUGACUCCAGUAAGGGAGUUCUUUAUAAGGGUGCCCUAUCUGGGAUACGCAGGGGCAAUUGCCUUCUUUAUCGCUUCACUGGUUAUCAGCUGCAAGCCAGACCUCGUGAGGACUAAGACGUCCUCGACAGUGGCGCUGAUGCUGAUGACCCCCUGCAUGGCCCUGAUGCUAACGACAUUCUGCUGCCACUUCCAGUCGAUAGAGAUUGCAAUAGCAGCCGGCGUCACGACGCUGGUGGUGGGACUUUUAGGACUGCUGGCACUCCAGACCAAAUACGAUUUCACAAGCUGGCUGAGCUACAUGAUCAUCGUUGGUGUGGUAUUCUUCGUAUUCGUGCUCAUCAGCUUCUUCUUCAUGACGAAGAUACUGUACCUGGUGAUCUCGGCAAUCGGAUGCGUCAUAGUCUCAAUCUACAUCUUAAUAGACAUCCAGAUGAUCAUGGGAGGAAAGAGGAAGUACCAGUUCACAGUCGACGACUACUGCCUGGCCUCAAUCAUCCUCUACUCUGACAUCAUCACGCUGUUCAUGGACAUCCUCAGAAUAGUCUCAGCGUCAAGCAGUGUAUAG